AUGGACCACCACCACCCCUCAUCUUUCACUCACGCGCAUCAUCGUCAUCAAAACAGUGCGACGAUAUCGACGGAAUCCGACGGAAAUCUCGUCUCGAACAUCUUUACCAAUUACAUCAAGAAAGCGCUGAAAGAAACAGGCCCGGGAAUGAAAUCGUUACUGGUGGACGACUUCGCGCUGGCGAUGACGAGCAACGGGAUGAACCAGACGGAUAUUUUAAAACGCGAAGUCUUCGCGGUGGAGCCUUUGAUGAUGACGAGCAAUAAAAGUAAAAGUAAAAGUCUCGAGAAGGUGGUGGUGGUGCCUUCAAGAGAGGAGGAAAGUUUGCGGUUCGUGAAAGCGGUGUGCAUUUUACGACCGACGAACGAGAACGUGAACGCGCUGUGCGAGAGACUACGCGGUGGUGGUAACGGUACGUCGACUUCGUCGUCGUACGGGGAGUUUCACGUGUUUUUUACCAACGCGAUCGACGAGCGCAAACUUCGCGCGAUUGCGAAAGCGGACGCGAGAGGAGGAGGAAACAAAGUGAAGCAGAUUCAAGAGAUUUUUUGCGACGUGAUUGCGAUGGACGAGUGCGCUUUCGUCAUCGACUCGAGAGAUUGUUUUAAAGAGGACGCGAUGCGAGCGUUCGAUCCGAACGGCGGGAUGCGGAAGAGAGUCGGGAAUAAUAAUAGUAGUUUUCAAAGAACCAACUACGAGUACGCUUUGAUGUGUGACCCGAGUUGGGGGGUGAGGAAUGGGACGCCGUUGAUUGAUAGGUGCGUAGAAGGUGUAACGAGUGUAUGUUUAGCGUUGAAACGACCUCCAAUGUUUCGAUAUUCUGCGAAGUCGAACAUUGCGAGACGAAUCGCCGAGGACGCGCAACGCGUCGCCUCGGAAAGAGAACCGGGAUUGUUCGAUUUCGGAAGGCGUAACGACGAAGGGUAUUGCCACGUGCUGAUUGUUGACCGAUUCGACGAUUGCGUGACGCCUUUGCUAACACAGUGGACGUACCAAGCCAUGGUGCAUGAGAUAUUCGGUAUUUCGAGUUCGAACAGAGUGAGAGCGCCGGACGCGCAAAAAUUAAGCAAGAAGCCGGAGGAGUUUAUUCUCUCUUCCAGAGAAGAUGCUUUUUUUAGAGAUCACAAGUACGACGAUUACGGCGACGUCGGCGCGGCGGUGAAGAAAUAUGUGGACGAUUUUGCGAACGAAAGAUCGAAAACGACCGCGAGUAAAUCCACGGCUUCGGUCGACGACGUUGCGAAAUUCGUCGAGCGCUUCCCGGAGUUUCGCCAAAAAUCUGCCACGGUUGCGAAACACGUGCAAUUAGUGCACACGUUGUCGAAAGUCAUAAACGAUAGGCAGUUGAUGAAAGUGUCGGAAAUCGAACAAGAGCUCGCGUGCGCGGGAACCUCGGUCAACGGAUUAGAGAAACAAGUCGAAGAGAUUGUCAACGACCCGUCCUUCGGAGAGUCCGAGAAAGUGCGAUUGGUCGCGCUGUACUGCCUGAGACGCGAAACCGAAGCGCCACAAAUAUGUCAACAUCUCAUCCGCGUUCUUUCUAAUCACGUCGGUGGAAAACGAAUAGACGCUUUAGAUUGUAUGCUCCGGCGAGGCGGUGAGAACGCGCGCACGAGCGACUUGUUUGGAACGAAAACGAUCGCCGCGCGAAUGCGCACCUCGGUUUCCGCUUUAAAAGGAGCCGAGAAUGUGUACACUCGACACGUUCCGUUGGUACGCUCGUUAGUCGCUCAGUGCGUCAACGGUAAACUCCCAGCUUCGGAGUACUCGCCAACGUGGGAUGGUUUUACCCCGGAGUGCUCGAAAAAACCAGCGGAAAUCAUCGUCUUCAUCGUCGGCGGCGCCACGUACGCCGAAGCUCGCGCCGUCGCCAAGUUCAACGCGAGCAAAGAAUCCAACAAUAUUAAAGUCACCAUAGGUGGGUACAGCAUGCUCCACCAAUCUAGAUUCAUCGAAAACUUAGCCAACGUGUUCGACGAAGAGAGAGGACCGUAG